AUGCCAUCCACCUUCGCAAGCACUCAACAAACAGUCAGCGACAAUGCAGCUAAUGAAGACGAAUACAGAGACGAAGAGGAAGCCACUAAAAAGGCACCUAAGUCAGAGACACCGCCGCCAAUAGUGCUGCCUUUCGUUCCAGCAAACCACAGAGAAGUGGACGCAAUGGUGAAGCCUCAUCUUAAACUCGGGUACCGAAUCAAGCCCCUCUAUAUGAUUACAGUAUCUCCACAUAUAACCAUCCAAUGGCUGAAUGAACACGCCAGGUUAAUUCUAAAUUCAAGUGUAUACUGGGAAAGGAGGAGAAACGAAUGGAAGAUCACGCAAUGCCACCGCUGCCUGAAGUGUGCGGAGCCCCACCCAACGCGAGAAUGCACCAAAGACAAAGAAUCACCGGCUAAAUGCGUCAAUUGCCAAGGUAACCACCCGGCCAACUCAAUAUCCUGCCCAGUAUACAUCUUUAGAGAGCAGAACAUGGCGCCAAAGGCUACACUUCCAACAAGACCCGCCAAACCAUUCGUACCGGCCCCAAAACCUAUCACCAACCACUGGGAAGCACGAAAGCAAGCAGCAGCCGCCAACACCACAGCUGCCAACUAUCCUCAACACCAGCAACACGGAAUCAGUCAACAUAAACACAAACAGCGUAUAAAGAUGGAGAGAUUUAAAUGUGUAGAUGAUGUUCCAUUGAUAUCGAGGGAGAAGUGCCUUAAAACGCCCGAGUAUAAAUCUAUUGCUCUGCAAAAUAUCUGCGCUGGAGACGGAGGAGAUGCCAAAUUUUGCCACGAUUUUAGGAUAAUAUUGGUAGAUCUUUAA